AAACGCAAGUACGUUGACAGAUUCCGUUACCGGUACACAGAGAGACUAAGAUGCCGAGAAACGAAACGAAACCGAAAUCAGUCCGAAAACCACUGCGAGAUUUAUCGAACAAAUUCAACAAGAACAACGAUGGAGCCGGAAGGUUCUCGAAUUUUGUGAACGCGAAGAAGAAAACGGACGACUAUAAGCGAAUCGAAGAAGCGUCAGACGACAAUGCACUCGACCGCCUCUUGCUUGUUCAGUCCGAUCUCUCGACUCUUCUUCAACAGAUUGAUGAAUUGGUUGUGCAAGCAUUUAAAGUUAAGACAAUUAGCAAAGAGGGGAAAAACGAAAUUGAAACUUUCACGCAAGUCCUGUUUGAUAUGAGUUCUGCUUUGAAGCCAUGGGUUCCCAGAUUUCAGAAGGCUUUCUCCAGUUCUGUCGAGUCUGAGAAUCGGAUGGUACAGACUUUAGCAAGUGAGACUACUUCUGCUGCCGAUGAAGAUGAAACUUGUGAAUUUGAGAGUCCAGAAGACAAGGAGGAUACUUUAAUCUCUCCGUCUCCCCUUGUGUCAUGGAGAGUCAAUUGCACUAUUGAAAGAAAUAGACAACUGUUUCUGCUCACACCUCUUCCUAUUUCAAAAACUUUGUCAUCCAAACAUCAGGAUCAGGACACUUCCAACUCACUAUUUGAAAGGAUUACUUGCAAUCAUAUUAUUGAGUUACCACCAUUUUCAACUAUAUCGGGAGGUGCAAACGAUGAUUUACUUGAAGGAAUGCCAAUAAAACCAACUCCAAGGAAGCCUUCAGAUUCGAUGUUGGUUGGAAAGGCAAACACUCUAGAGUCCGCAUUUGUUGCUUCACCAAUGGUUUCUAAAAGAGAACAUUCUGUGCUUAUGAUGACUCCAUGUUUAAAAAUGUCCCCUCCUAAAUCUUGUGUGUUGCUUGAGCCCAUUUCUGAGUCAACUCAUCGACCCUGUAACAAAGUACGUAAGUCCACCCCAUUUCCAGUUGGAAUAUAUAAUAGCCAAGCCUCACAAUCUUCUGAAUCCUCGGGUAGCGAAGCUUCUGAGGACCUGGCAUUUAAGUAUCCAGAACUACUAGGAAUACAACAGGCUCAUAAAUCAGUAAUUCAGAAGAAAGAGUUGGAAACAUCACCAGAUUGGUCAUUCUCCCCUCCUAAAAGUUGUGUUUUGUUGGAGCCACCUGAUGAAAAAUCUUUGAAAAAUGUUGCUGAUGAUCACACCAUGAGAAUGACUUGCGAUUUAAAUCCGCAAAGACAUCUCUCGGCAUCAAAAGUAAAAGGUAUUGGAAAAACUUCUCAGCAAACCAAGAAAUUGUCCCACCAGGAAAUGAUUCGAGGCAAUGCAGCAAUAGUCGAAAGCACUCCCCUUUGGAUUGAACCAGAAAGCACGAUGAGAACCGGCAAGCGUCUGGGGGAGAGCACUCUAAAGAAAGAGUUGUGGACGAGGUUUGAGGCGGCAUCAAGUUUUGGGAUUCGUUACAAUGCCUCUGCAUUUCAAAGGACAGCUAGGAAAGGAUUUCUUGACAUGCUGGAAGAGGCCUCUUGUGAUGAAGAAAGUUCAGUCAUCAACAGUCUCAGAUAACAAUUACCGAUGCAUAUAUAUAUAAUUUUGUAAACGGUGGAGUUCUGUUGUAUGUUUUGAAGUGUCAAGUGGCCGGCUUUGCAAAAAUUGUCUUUUGAAGUGUUACCACAGAUGUACCACCUUACAAAUACAUUUAAUUUUAGGAUUUCAAAAAUCAAAUUUCCUUCAAAGUUUAAA